UCAAUCAUAAAACAGCACAAAACAGAUGGUCUGAUGUGCUGGAAAUGGAAUUUAAGAGUUGCGUAAGACUCUGUGUCAGCCUCUAUAAUCUGGGAUCCGGCUGAGAUGUCAGGAGUCUCGGCCAACAAGGAGCAACAGUCUGGGGACAAGGGAAUGGGAUGCAACUUGAAAAGUAUUUAGAGCGAGCGAGCACAGAUCGAAGAAAGAACAAAAAAAAUAGAGGUUAUUUCACUUCCCAACCUUUCAAACCAGGGAGGAAAUGGAGCAGAGGCUGAACACUCAUUUUGUUUUCUUGCUGCUGAUCGAGGCCACGGUCGGCCCAACCUGCGUCGAUGGCUUAAUCCCCAGGAAUCCCCUGGAGCCCCAUGUCGAUCUGCUGAACGGUGAACGGAACGAGCAGGAGUAUUACCACAGCAUAAGCCCUGACUCGGAGCCGUACAAGCCGGUCAAGGACGGGCCUGGCGUGGGACCGAGCCAGCCCGCCAGCAAGCCUGCGGGGGACGCUGGCCAGUGCGUGCGAUGCUGCGAUCCGGUCGGAUACCCGUCGUCGCGUCGCCACCAGCGGUACAACUUCUACAGCAGGGACCCGCCCGAGUUUCAAGCCAUCCCUCAGAUCAACCUUACUAUUCUCAAAGGCGACAAGGGGGAUAGUGGGGAACGAGGUUCAUACGGUCAGAAUGGAAAAUCUGGAGGUCUUGGACCUCGGGGUCCUGCGGGUGCGAAAGGUUUUAAAGGAAAUACGGGGAGGACUGGCGAUCCGUGCAAGCUAUACUAUUCUGCUUUCUCUGUCGGUCGCAAGAAAGAGCUGCACAGCAAUGACUACUAUCAGACAUUGAUAUUUGAUACGGAGUAUGUCAAUUUGUACAAUCAUUUCAAUAUGUUCACGGGGAAGUUCUACUGCUUUGUCCCAGGCAUUUAUCACUUUAACCUGAAUGUGCACACCUGGAACCAGAAGGAAACCUACAUGCACAUCAUGAAGAACAUGCAGGAAAUGGUCAUUCUCUACUCCCAGCCCAGUGACCGCAGCAUCAUGCAGAGUCAGAGCAUUAUGAUGGAUCUGAAGAAGGACGACGAGGUCUGGAUUCGACUUUACAAAGGAGAGCGGGCGAACGCCAUUUUCAGCGAUGGCUUCGAUAUGUACAUCACCUUCAACGGUUACCUGAUUAAAGCAGCCAGCGAGAUCUGAAUAAGCCACAAACAAUAAUAAACUUUGCAUUUGAUAUAGCUUAUCUUCGAGACGU